GAGUGACGUUGCGGGGGCCUCGCCAGGCUCCGAGCGGACUCCCGGGACCGGAGGCGGGGCAAAGGCUGAGCAUUGGUGACACCUGCAUUUUGGUGGCUGUCUUCUCCCCCUACCCUUCUGUUGCUCUCUCGCCUUCCAGAUGUUCUUUUUCCGUCAAGCUGACGCUGCUUGCAUGGGAUAGAUAGCAUGCUCUCCUUGGAAGCAGGCUGCAGGUUUCAGACCGCGGCUAGACCACUGCUGUGCGAAGGGCCCUGAGCUUCGUUUCCCCCACGAUGUUUUUCUCUCCUGGUUUCAAGAAUCGCUGUGAACAAGAGAAAGGAAAUGACAUCUGUUGAGUUCCUGCAUUGCCAAGCACCUACCGACAGCUGUGGAGCGCGCUUAAUCCUCAUGAUUCCGUUCUUAGAACUCCCAUUUCACGGAUGCCUAAGCUCACAGCAGUUAGCUGACUUGGUCCCGCAUAGCUGAUGAGUAGGGAGGGUUCCCAAGUGGAGUACUACUGAGACACUUUCCUUAUUGGGGCUUCAGUGCUGUUUCUGCCUUGCCAGGCUGAGAAUUCUUCCUUUCAGCUUCCUUGCUCCAGCACAGAUUGCCCUGCUCCACUGCCCCCGGGUUAUUUCAGAAAUGAACUGCAACAAAAACUUCCUGAGUGCCACAGGGAGGUGAAGUUUGGAGGUCAAGAACCUUGGGUUCCCAUCUGGGUUCUGCCGCUCGCAGCCGUGGCAAGUCCCUUGUUUAACCUGUGCGUAACUGGUCGAGCGUCCUCCGGCCAGCAGGCUCUGGUCCAGUCUUUCCUCCCUGUCCUCCAGCAGGCUCUCCGAGAAAGCCCAGACCCCUGUGCUCCUCAUGGGCAGCUGCCAAGCCUGGCACAACCUGCAUCUCUGUCUGGCCCACCACCCACCUCUGGUCUGUGCCAAUCUUAUCUUGCUGCUCCUCGGCCUCUCGGGCCUGGGCCUGGGUGGCUUCUUCCUCACCCACAGGACUGGGCUGCGCAGCCCUGACAUCCCCCAGGACUGGGUCUCCUUCUUGAGGUCUGUUGGCCAGCUGAACUUGUGCCCUGUGAAUGGGACAGUCACAGAGAAGUCGCAGGGGUCUCACAUCGUGGGGUUGCUGACCACCCUGAAAUUUGAAGAUGGUCCAGACAGGAACAAGACCAAAACAUUCCAAGCCAAGAUCCCGGGUAGUCAAAUGGGACUGAAAGGAUCUUCUGCAGAGGAGCUGAUCCUCAUCACAGCCAAAGUGGCCACAGAAAGGACUCCAGGAACCUGUCUGUACUUCAGUGCUGGUCCAGGAAUCCUGCCCUCCAGCCAGCCCCCCAUAUCGUGCUCCGAGGAAGCGGCAGGAAAUGUCACCCUGAGCCCCAAGCUGGGUGAGGACUGUGUCCGCGUCUGGAGCCACGAGGGCCUUGUGCUGACCAAGCUGCUCACCUCGGAGGAGCUGGCACUGUGUGGCUCCAGGCUGCUGGUCUUGGGCUUCUUCCUGCUCCUUUUCUGUGGCCUUCUGUGUUGUAUCUCCACUUCGUGCUUCCCCCUGCACCGCCGGGAGUCCCACUGGUCCAGAGCCCGGCUCUGAGGGCGAGGGUGGAGUCCUGCUUUCUCAGGUAUGAAUCAAGCUCUUGGGCCUUGGUUCUGAGAUGGAAAACAAGUGAAGUGCUGGAACAUGGGAGAAAAUAAAAGGCACUUUUUUUGUUU